GCGCGAGGGGAAAUGGCUGUAACUGUUUUGAACAGAGUUCAACCAGCCUGCUUGCCCCUGCCGCGUUGCCCGAAUACGAUGUAGUAGUAGUAAGCAAAUCGACCGGGCGCGUGGUUACUUCUCUCCCGUCCUGUGCGCGAGUGAUUUUUUCAUCAUUUAUAGUUGAUUAGAUCCCGUUUCCUCCGGCAGGAGUUCGUUUUACGAAGCCAGUUUGUUGUGCGGAUUACCAGCUCAUCGUUUGAGACGCCUCGAUUUCUUCGCAAGUGAUUUUGUUGAUGGUUUUGUAGUUAUUUCUCCGCUACACCUGUGCUCUCCCACUCGUACAAGUUCGUGACAAUGUGUUCAUUCACGGUUGCUGCUGGCAGUAUCGCAUUUGGAUUAGUUUUUGUCAUGGAAGUGAAUUAAGAAUCCAGUUGACAUGUCAGUUGUGUAGGAUGCUCCCUGAACCCUUGCCAGGGUUCCUGAUAACAACCCGCUCAGAUGCAACGUCAUGCCUCGAAGGAAGGGUCACAGUAUCCCCCCUACUAAAAAAGUACGAAUAGCAGAUGCAGGAAACUAUUCAGAAGAAAAAGCUAUCUUUAAAACACCAGAGAAGAGCGAGGGGGAUCCAGUGAUACCAUCCUCACCGACCUCGACGACAAUAACUGCAGCGAGAAGUACGAUGGGCGCCGAAGCGGUAAUAGUGGAGUCGCGGACGGUGGAGGCCUUCGGGGCGGACAAGUACCUGCACAAGAAGUUCAAGAAAAUCGCCACCACGGUUCACCCGCAGGAGAACUCGCCACCAGCUCCGGCCCCGGCUCUAGGAGCCACGAGAACGCCCAUCCCUAGCCCGGUAAACGGGUUCAAGGUGAAAAGCCUCCUCUGCUCCGUGCCAGGGUCCACGGAACCCACCCUCGGCGUCUCCGUCGAGCCUCAAAACAGCAAAGCGCACGACGCGGGAGAGGCAGCCAUCGGACCGGGAGAGGUAGCCGUCGGGCCGGGGUCCGGCGUCCAGAACGGGCGCUACAUCUGCCCGUACUGCAAGCUAGCGUGCGCCAAGCCGAGCGUCCUCCAGAAACACAUCCGAGCACACACGAACGAGCGCCCGUACCCGUGCCACCCCUGCGGCUUCGCGUUCAAGACGAAGAGCAACCUGUACAAGCACUGCCGCUCCCGGGCGCACACGCUCAAGAUGGAGGAGGACGGCCAAGACGCGGCGCAGAUGGAGCCGCUCAACGAGGACGACAUCGAGUCCUCGACCGACGACGAAGACUCGCCCAAGAAGUUCAAAGCCGCGGGUGGGCGCCUCGCCUCGCCGGAGUCCAAGCGGGACGAGCCCAUGAAGACCAUCUACAAGCCCAAGUUCCACACGGUGGUGGAGGCCGCCUCGCCGACCAAAGGCGGCCCGGCUCCUAGCCCGUUGGCGCUGAGCAUCCCCUCAAGCCCGCAGCUGGCCGAGAGCCCUAGCCCCGGCCUCGCGCUCGUCUCCUUGUCCUCGGCGUCCUCGCCCAGCCCCGAGUUCCUCCAAAGACAUAUCAGCAAGCUCAUCAGCGAGAACCAGGCCAUCGUCGAGACGAUGGACCCGUUCUGGCCCAAGAAGUACAUGCAGCGCUCCGUCUCCAAAGACUCGAAGGAUUCCUCGGCCAGCUCCCUGUCUUCCUCUUCGUCUUCCCCCGGACCCGAGUCCUGGUCGAAAACUUUCUUCAACCGCUCCUCCGGUGCGGACCACGCCCCCGAGUCCAAGAAAAUGAAACCUGUGCCAAAGCAAGUGACCGAAUCGAAGCUGGCGCUUGCGCUCUUGCGACCCAACGCAACUUCCUCCAAAGCCCCCGAGACCCACGGCGCGGACUCGGCCCAACCUUUGAAUUUGACGGUGAAUAAUUGUGUGCCCGUAUACGCGAAACACGUUUCCGAAGCGAAACCUGAAGCGACCAAUUUAACUGUGGACCAAAGUGAGAAAGUUAGAAAGUCGCCUCUAAAUCAUAUCAACUCUUCAGCUCCUGCCCAUCAAAGUUCUCAGGUGGAAAGCUCCAGCAUUAAGGAUAUUCUUUUAAAAGCCAGAGGAACGCCAACGUCAGUCUUUAAGGCUACCAAUUCUUCACAAGAGAAAGGGGAUAUGGCAUUUAUCAAUCCUAAAAAUGCACCCAGCAGCACCGACAGCAUUACCAGUGGAAGUAACAAAUUUUCCUCGCUACACUCCCAGCAAUUUGCUUGUUCGUUCUGCAAGGUUGCGUACCGCAGCGCCGAUGAUUUAGAAAUUCAUAAUUUAUACUACUGUAAGAAAAACGGAAGUACGUUGCGACUUAGUCCAAAUCCAUAUAAAGAAACAAAUCAUGUAGAAAGCAGAAUAAGUAACGGGAGUUCUUUAGGGUCUGCGACCUCGUUAACAUCUCUUUCCCAACCCUCUCCAGGGCCUCUCCUCGGAAAAACACCUCUAGUCAAUUCUUAUCAUCCUGAAACAGCGAAAGUAAACGUAUUUCCAUCAUUACCGGCGAAAGAGAUAUCUGUGCCAUCUUUGUUGAAUAAAAAGAGUACCACUACUACUUUGAAAUCUUUGGAGGAGUUGUGUAAAAGCCCAAUGAGACCUAAUUCCAUGCAAGCAUUUAAUAAUGAAAGUCACACGAAUGAUGACAGCGAGGUGCAAGUUUCAAAAGUAGAAGUGACGAAUCGCGGAGCUAUGGAGAAAUAUUUUGACUCUGAAAAAUUUGUGGCAGCAGUAGUACCUAGUUUUAAAAGGUCGAACACAUCUAAAGAAAAUGCAGAAUUCUUACCAUCGUCUGUGAGUCCUGCUAAACUAGGCGCUCAUCCAAGUGGAUCACUUCCAGGAUUGAUGAUUACUGAUGGAUUAUCAUUAAGUAGUAGUAGCAACAUUAGUCGUGCUAAAUCACCAUCCUAUGAACCUGCUCAAAAAAAUUCCCUCGGCCAAGACUUCAGAGGAGCGCAACCGCAUCUAGAUCGUCUUGUCAUACCGAUCAUUCCCAAAAUCCUCACUCAAGAUCUCACUCAAAGUAGCGCCAUCCCCGCUUCCAUUUCAUCAGUUCUUCCUCCCUCCCCUCUUCUCAAUCCUUUAACUACGAUCACAGCUUUCAACCCACUGACGCUGCCCAUCAAUUCACUUUUGCAGAAAAGGGCUGCCAUUGCCACCCCUCAGGAGGGCAAGCCUAACUUUGCUGCAUACAAUGGUGGCCUAGUCACCAUUCUUCACGGUGGAAAGUCCAUCCCCUUUGUUCCUGGAAUGCCUGGUCCGCACUCUUUUUCAGUUGUGGAGUCAAAGCCUUUGAACUUGGCAGAAAGGAUGUUGAGCAAAACGGGUGAAAAGGAAGUCGAAUCAUCAUUAUCCUCAAAACGCUCAGCUGGUAGAGAUUUUGAAUCGGAUUUAGAAGUCACACAAGUAACAGAAGUCACAACUGUCUCCAUUUCUAAACGAGUCCCUCUACUGAGGGUCGAAAGCUCUGAUGAUAUAAUAUUAGAAAAUAAAGCUAAGAAACCAAGACUGAGUGUGUCAAGCCCUAGUCCUCCAUCAGGCAUCCUUUCCAACUCAAGCAAGGUAAGAGGGACUCCUGAACCCUUGGAAAAUACAACCUCUAGCUCAACUGAAGAUUCGUCAAAUACUCAAAAGCAGUUCUUGAGGCCGACAUCAUUGCCUUUGAAACCAGGAACUUUUGCUUUGAAGAAGUCAACUCCCCUUGGCAGCACAGUAUUACCUUUAGUCAGUCCUGAGACACCACGACCAAGCAAAUCGUACGGGCAGUUGUAUUUAAAUGGCAAUGCAUACACUUAUUUGGGUCUGAAAUGUUCCACACGCACUUUCUUCUGCACACUGAACAAGCCUCAACCAAUAUAUGUCCCUCUCAGCACACUAUCCAUGUAUUCGAAUUGGAAAGUUUGCUCUGAAGCCGGCCCAAAUCCAUUUGGUCUAAAUCCUGGGAAAGCUAUGUCCUUUUAUGACUCUCGUCAUCGACAGUCAUCAUACACUGUUGCUCGUACCAAAUGUGAAGAUGUUGUGACACAUUCAUCUUAUUGGCUCAGUCAAUCAAAAUCUAAAGAAAGCGAGGCAAAUGAAUCAGUCAAGGAUGAUAAGAGCAAAAAGACAAAAGGAGUAUAUGAGUCAAGCGUAGACUACAUUUAUAUUCGAGGAAGAGGGCGAGGUCCAUAUGUUUGUGAGGAAUGUGGCAUAAGGUGUAAAAAACCAUCCAUGUUGAAGAAACACAUAAGGACGCAUACAGAUACCCGGCCGUAUACAUGCAAGCAUUGUGCUUUCAGUUUCAAAACUAAAGGUAACUUAACAAAACAUAUGAAGUCGAAAGCGCAUUAUAAAAAAUGCGUUGAAUUAGGAAUAAGCCCUGUUCCAACAGCUGUGGAUGAAUCGAACAUUGACCAAGAACUUCUGGCUAAACAGCAAGAACUACUGGGAAUGCAAAGUGGAGACAACGAAGAAUCAGAAGAAGAUUCAGAUGAAGAUCUUGACGAAGAGGAUGAUGAUGAAGAUGAGUUUGAUGAUGAGGAUAUAAUGAACAGUGACAACAAAAAUAAGUUAGAACGAGAGGCUGUGUCCUCAUUACUGAGCCUGUCAGAGGUGACAAUCCAAGCGGCUGUUCAAAGCAAACACGUUCUCGCUGGAUUGUUAAAUCCAUCAAAUCGACCUUUCACGUACCCUUAUAAUUUCUGUCUUCCACCAAGGCCAGUUUCAGAAGCUUGUACACCCACUUUAACAUCCAUCAGCGCUCAUCGGGAGCAUGAAAAAGUUUCACAAAACACAGGAUUAGCAAGAGAAUUACAGCCCUCCAAUCCAGUAGUUGAUUGUGGGAGGUCGGAUGAUGUAGGACUUGCUGCUUGCAAUAAAACAUCGCACUACUAUUUCCCAUCCAUCCGAGAUACUGCUGAUUUAUCGAUGGAAGAAGAUUCUAGUCAAGAUGAAGAGAUGGCUGUCACAACUAUUAGUGGCCCUAUUGAUCUCAGUAGAAGUAAAAGUAAUAAUAACAAUAACCUAAGAAAAUUAUCCACGAGUAGUCUCCCAUCACGACUGAGCAUUUCAACGCAUUCCCCUCUUCCAGCAGAUAUCCUAACUACAGUCUCAGAGCCAGCUUUACUUCUAGCCACCCUGUGCUCAUCAAUGGAGCGAUUACCUGUAACAAACACUGUAGAUCCUGCUGAGGAGGCAGCCAUGUUACAAGUUUAUCUGAAAGAAAAAGCUAUGCAAGAUCUCAGAAUGAAACAAAUGCAAUACCAAACAGCUCUCAACAGCAAAAUUUCAAACAAAGGGAAGCUCUACGCUCCAACUUUAGAAAAAGAUAGUAAACUUGAGUCUCAGACUGGAUUCAAUAUUGAAUUAACCAGUUCUAGGGAGGAGAAAAAGAGUGCAAUAUUAGACUCAAUACUUAAGUCUGACUCAUUAAUGGAGAAUAAUGGAAAAUUCAUGAAUGAGCCGCGUAACUUGCAACAAAAAAUUUUCGAAAGUGUUUCCUCUGUCUAUGAAAAAGCUCUUGAUUCUGUGAAAACAGUUAAUUCAGUAGCUAAAGAGAAUGCGCUAGAUAUUUUGGCUCAUACAACUUCAGAGGCUAAAAAGUCCUCAGAAAUGCCUAGCGUUUCAUCCCCUAGCAAAUUAAUAAUGCCUAAAAAAUUAAAGGCUGAGUUCAAACCUCCAAGCUGUGGACCGUCCUCCAAUUAUGUGAGUGUUUUAGAGGAUGGUCGAAGCAUGUGUGUGAUUUGCAACAAAAUUUUCUCCAAACCAAGUCAGUUACGUCUGCACUUAAAUAUUCAUUAUUUUGAAAGACCUUUCCGAUGUGAGUCUUGUGCUGUCUCUUUUCGAACCAAAGGACAUUUGCAGAAACAUCAGCGGUCUGUCUCUCACACGAACAAAGUUAGCAUGAAUUCAACUUUUGGGGCUGCUACUUCAAGUAAUCCUCGCCCUUUCAAAUGUGAUGACUGUAAAAUCGCUUUCCGGAUACAUGGUCAUUUAGCUAAACAUCUCAGGUCCAAAAUGCACAUUAUGAAAUUGGAGUGCUUAGGUAAACUUCCCUUCGGCACAUAUGCAGAAAUGGAAAGGUCUGGCAUUAACAUGAAUGAUAUUGAUACCACCGACUGUGAAAACUUUUUAGAAAGUCUUCAGCUUUUGGCUCAGAAAUUAUGAAGCAAAUUCCAUCUCGAAUUUUCUUAGAAAAGUUGCCUUUGAGAAAGGUAAUUACUUUGGCUAUUCAAGAUCUCAGAAAAUGUUUAUCUCUGUAACCUUAUUGCUUGCUUGAUUGUUCUAUUUUAAAGUGGAUGAUUAAGAAGAAAAGGAAUUUUUUAGUCAGGACAAAUGAAUGGACAAAAGCAAAAGAAGCGAAAAUCCAUUAUUUUUAAAUUCGGUAUUAUUAUUAAGCUAAUAUAUUAGCUAACCUCUUUUAAAAAAGACAAAGGCUCAUGGUUUUAAUUUUGCAAAAUAUAAAUGGAAAAUUAUCCCGACAUGGGGAAAAAAAGGUUAUUGAAGUGCAGGACACUCCAGAGGUACAUCACAUGAGGAAUCAGUCCUUUUUAUACAAGAAAAGAGCAGAAGUCAUGAGUCAAAAUAAGAAUGUACGUUUCUCUGAAAAGCAUCAUAAAAAUUUGUAACAUUAUGCUAUACGGCUCAGAGAGAGCUCUGUACGCCUAGAAAUACCAUUGAAGUUUUGUAUGUUGUCUUUCCUUGAAAAAUUUUGCCUUUUUGACUUCCUCCAAGACUUGACUUUGAUUCCAAGAAUUUUCAGGCUUAUGCAUGUUUGGCCGUAUAUUCUUGUCAUAAUUCAAUAGAGUGUAUAUAUGCAGUGGGAGUCCUUAAAGUCAGUCUGCCUUGGACUGCUGCAGCUAAUCCAACUACACAAUUAACUGAAAUAAGUGUCUAACUCUGAUUUCUCAAGAAUAAUCGGAAAACUCUUUUCUUCUUGUAUAUAAUGGCAUUAAGGUCAGAGCACUCCCACUUACUGUUUGCACAGAUAUAAAAACUGCUCGUUCAAUGAUACUCAAGUUGCCUGGCAUUACCUGUUGCAAGUCUUGUUAGUCCAAGGACUGAAAAUCAAACUGUCUAAGCAUUCAAUUUGAAGGGACUUGUCAUUUCAUGUCAGAUCACUUCAGCGUUUGCAGAAGUGAAUAUUACUUUUAUUCUGGAACAAGUUCAAUUCGUUUGAAAAGAACUCAAAAUUGGAUCAUUUUCUUAUGUUGUUCAAAACUAUGAUUCCCUUUUUGUAAUUCAAUGCUCGUGAUAGUCUGAGAAAGUUUGAAUUACUCCGCCUUUCAGUUUGCUCAAUACUCAAAUCCUUAACUUUCAAUUCUUGGAAUGAUGUUUCCUCUCAUGAAACUCUUUAUCUCCAGUAAUUAAGGAGAAUAAUAGCUUAAGGUUUCAUUUUUCAUUCCUUAAAAUGAAGAAAAGUCUCAAUUUUUGAAAAAUUUACACCAGCUAUUUUUUCUAUCUAUCUGGGAGAAAGUUGAGUUACCUGAUGAGAGAAGUGCCUAUCUUGUUAAGGAUACAGCAGCGGUAUAAUUGUUCAAAAUUAUACGCUCGACUCUAUUAGGCUUACCGCUCUCAGAUUGCAAAUGUGAAAACUCUUGAAGCAGGAAUGUUCGUUGAUCGCUAUAAAUUCAAAAGUAUUUUUGCCUUUGAGAACAGGAAACAUCACUGUAAUAGGUUGAAAUAAUUAUUGAUCUCUCCUUUUUUAUCACUUUGCGACCCUCCAAUUUUUUUUCUCAAUACUUUCAAAAAAUUGAAAGUAGAAUUAUUUAAUAGCUAGCUCAAAAUUCUGACUGCUAUACACACACAUUGUGGAUGCAAAAUGUAGCUGUACAUAUGAAUACCUUAAUUAUUGAAAGAAAAUAAGCAAAGUAGACAUCUAAGAUGCAAGCUGACAGCAAGUAGACAGCAAGCUGCCCUGUUACAAAUUAUGCUGUUGUCAGAGGCUGCUCCUAAAAUUUUUAGUCAAACUUAGUUAUAUAUUUUUGUAUCAAUUGAACUAAAGUGGAACACUGUCAUGUAUCUGUAAACUGUUAGGAAGUUUAAUCAUAAAUGUGAUCAAAUUGUAGAUAGGCUUAGUUUUUCAGCCCUCCUCUCCAGAGCUUCUCGAUUGUAUUUUUUGUAUCUCCUCUCUUCUAGAUUUUAAUACCCGAUAACUGAAAUUCUUAUCUUUUUUAACGCUCUCCCUUUUUUUUUUUUUUAAUCUUACCCCUGAAUAACCACAAAGUUGACAAAACUACAUAUCUAUUGUGUUAAACUUUAAUGUUUCUAAUUGUGACUUUAUCUGGCAUAUUCCCCACUUUUUAAGUGCUGAAUGUAGAUUCCUAGUUAGCCCCUUUUUUUAUCCAAAAUUUAUUUUUUAUCUAAUUUCUGUCUACUUUUUCUAAAAGGAACCAAGAACAUUGUAAUUUUAGUGAGAUCGUGCCAACUUCUUUUUACAGUAUGAUAAUAAUAAAAUGCAAACCAAAAAAUGAAAUUUACAGGGUAAUUUUCUCAUUUAAUUAACAUUUUUUGGGUUUGCAAAUAGAACCUUUAAACAUUCUUUAGUUCUCCUAGCAGGACAAAACAAGUUGAUUAACUUCAACAUCAUUGCAAUCUUCUUGGUUCCGUUCUGUUACAAGCAGUUUAUUUAGUCUCAUGUUAGUGCCACUGACACUUUCAUUUCAAUUUCCAAACUGAAAGUUAAUAUUUUUUAUGGCUGCUGAGUAAAGAAGUCCUCUCCACCUUUUCCUCCGUUCUUUGAUGUUAAAGUGAGUUUUGAAGACCUAAUCUCCCUUUGCAGUCCUAAAUUUUUCAAUUUUAACGUAUGGUACA